CUGGCGGUGUAUGGUUUGUGGUUGUGUUAGGUCUCGCUCUGUUGUCAAUAUCACACUCCGAAUGCAUUAAUGCGAAGCGAUGGGAAUCCUGCAGUCAUGUCUUCUAAAGGAACUGCAUUAACGCUAAUUGUUCUGUCCGCCCUGAUAGCGAUUGGUGAUGCUCUGAGGUGCAACUGCACCAACUGUGAGAGCAACGGCUAUGAGUGCGAGACGGACGGGGCCUGCAUGGCCUCCACGUCCAACAUCGGCGGCGUGGAGCAGCACGUGCGCAUCUGCAUCUCGCGCGACAACCUCAUGCCGCCGGGGCAGCCCUUCUUCUGCCUGAGCGCCGAGGGCUACCUCAACACGCACUGCUGCUACACCGACUACUGCAACAGCGUCCAGAUGCCAGUGCCCGAGCAGGAUGUCGCCCCGAGCAGCUGGGGGCCGGUGGAGCUGGUGGCGGUGAUCGCGGGGCCCAUCAUCCUGGUGUGCCUGCUGCUGAUUGUGGGCGUGCUGCUCUUCCAGCACCACCAGCGCACCUACAACCACCGGCAGCGGCUGGACGUGGAGGACCCGUCCUGCGACCACCUCUACCUCGCCAAGGACAAGACGCUGCAGGACCUCAUCUUUGACUUGUCCACGUCUGGCUCUGGCUCCGGCCUCCCCCUGUUUGUGCAGAGGACUGUGGCCAGGACAAUUGUCCUGCAGGAGAUCAUCGGGAAGGGCCGCUUUGGCGAGGUCUGGCGGGGCAAGUGGCGAGGAGGUGAUGUGGCCGUCAAGAUCUUCUCUUCGCGCGAGGAGCGCUCUUGGUUCCGCGAGGCAGAGAUCUACCAGACCAUCAUGCUCCGGCACGAGAACAUCCUGGGCUUUAUCGCAGCAGACAACAAGGACAAUGGCACAUGGACACAGCUGUGGCUGGUGUCGGACUACCAUGAGCACGGCUCACUCUUUGACUACUUGAAUCGCUACUCGGUCACCAUCGAGGGCAUGAUAAAGCUGGCGCUGUCUGCGGCCAGUGGACUGGCCCAUCUGCACAUGGAGAUCCUGGGCACACAGGGAAAGCCUGGUAUAGCACACCGUGACCUCAAGUCAAAGAAUAUCCUGGUGAAGAAGAACGCCACUUGUGCCAUCGCUGACCUGGGACUGGCAGUGAGGCACGAGUCUUCCACUGACACCAUUGAUAUCGCACCCAAUCAGAGAGUGGGCACAAAAAGAUAUAUGGCUCCAGAGGUUUUGGAUGAGACCAUCAACAUGAAGCACUUUGAUUCGUUCAAGUGUGCUGACAUCUAUGCGCUGGGCCUUGUAUACUGGGAGAUAGCGCGGCGCUGCAAUGCUGGAGGUAUUCAUGAAGAGUACCAGCUGCCCUACUACGACCUGGUGCCCUCGGACCCGUCCAUCGAGGAGAUGAGGAAGGUGGUGUGUGACCAGAGACUGCGGCCCAAUGUGCCCAACUGGUGGCAGAGCUAUGAGGCACUGCGAGUAAUGGGGAAGAUCAUGCGGGAGUGCUGGUACACGAAUGGUGCGGCGAGGCUGACCGCCCUGCGCAUCAAGAAAACGCUGUCCCAGCUUAGUGUCCAGGAAGACGUGAAGAUGUGAGACGAGCUCGGUAAGGCGGCCCGGAACGGCCUCGCCUGCAGGACACUUCCACGGCGAUGCACCGACCGACCGAGCCGAGAGCGCACAGACUCUGAACUGGGAGAGUGGGAAAGAAAAAGAAAAGGCGAACAGAGCGAAAGGUUUAUUUUACGGAAAAAAAAAGACCCUGCCAGUUUUUUCAAAGCCACACUUCUGUGUUGUAAAGAGGUCUACCUCACCUUUUUUAGCCAAAACUACUGAAUCUAGCAAUUCCUCCACCUCCACCUCCACCUCCACCUCCACCUCCAACUCCAGUCCAACACUACCAACCCUCCAUUGGCCCACCAUCCCCAUCUUUCAGGAUCCGUCCGACUCUGAAGCCACUCCACCCACCUGCUGACCACUCCCUACAUCCUCCACCUCACCUCCGCCCCUCUCCUCGCCCGGGCCUCCCGUCGCUGAAGCAGAGGGCCACCUACUCCUCCUCCAUCCACUGCACUCCUUCACCUCCUCCGCCCAGUGUUUGUGGAUCCCUUCUUUUGUGUUUGAUGGGUUUUCUGUUCUGUGCGUUUCAUGGCAGGAACUACUAAUGUACAGUGAAAUAUCUGUUUGUUUUAGGAUUUCUCUUGCAGUUUUGAAACCUUGCCACUCUUUUAUGUCCUCCCCCUGCCAUUUUCUAGUAAUGGGACUACAUGAGAGAGAUUUUAGACAAACAGUUGUAGCUCUACACUACAAUCAGACCUAAAGGUUUGUCCACAAUUAUAUGGGAUUUUUUUUUUGUUAUUUUUCCUCCACUUUUUUCUCAUACCAUGUUAUGCGCUACUGAUGUUGUAGAGAAUGUGAAGGGGGAAAAAAGCAAGACACCCUUUCCUUCUUCUGAGGUCUGAUGCAUUACAAUAGCAUAGGCAGGGAUGUAGCAAGCCUUGAUGUCUGUGACUGUGUUCAAGUGUCUAUGUGAAUAUACAUAUAUAUAUAUAUAGACUUCGUAUUAUAGCUCUGAUGUAAUAUUUAAAAUUGCAGGAGGGGUGAGCGGUAUACUACACACACGUCCUUGGAAAGAUCCUCUGUGUGAGAGAGGACCUUCCUUAUGGCAAUGUAUUAGUCAGGCUACAGCUUAGGCCUGGAGAUGUGGUUCGGACUGUUUGGGUUCAAUCCCAGUCACAGCACCACAAUGCUGCAAACUCUGUGGCUGUGCACGUGUCUGUCUGAAAUGAUUUUAUUGUGAUUUGAAUCAUUAAGGAUCAAUCUCCAUGAUUCGUUUUCUUGAGGACUUUUAUUUUGUUCAUUGUUUUGGGGGUGAUUGACGUUUUAUUUAUUUGUUAAUAUUUUAUAUAGUUUUUUUUUCGUUCACUGUGAUAUGUCAAUCAGGGGAUUAUUGUCAGUGGGGCCCAGGUCACUGUCAAACAAUGGCUGAUAGAAGUGACAGAAGUCAGAUAAUCACGCCUGCGCGAUAUGCUGGAGGGCCAUACAGUAAGAGAGUGAAAUGCUUAUGGAAGGGGAAUGACUGGCUGCACUGUCUUGUGAUGAGAAAAAAGAGAGUGUUUUUCCUACUUUGGUUUCUGAUUUAUGUAGAAAAGGAAAAUCCCUUUUUUUUUGUUUUUAAAUUUCUGUAAUAAUACCUGCAAAUCAUCCUUUAUGACAAUCUUUGAUGGAACUGACAUCUGUGGUUUCACAUACUGAUUCUAUUGUCUGGGCACUGUGAGAUGUCUUUGGGAAUACGGUUGAAUGAAUAAGAACUGAAUGCUGGUUCACUACCGAGUUCAUGCAUUAUGUAUAUUUGUAUUGUAAAGUAUUGCAUCUUUUAGCUAAUCAAUAUCACUUGUUUAUAACAAACUACUCCAGAUAUACCUUUUUUUUUCUUUUCUACUGUUUGUAUUUUUAGCUUUCCAAACAAACUUGAAGGUACUACUGAUCUAAACUACUACUCUGUCUCCUGUUGCUGUCCAUUUGUUGUCAUCUGGAGCCAUGACCUUUUAGUAAAGACAUUUUUACUUGCACAGUUAGAUUCUUCUUUCAUUUAAAACUGCUUGGGCUGCAGCAGGUCACGUGUGGAAGUAUUAAGUCCAUGUAAGCAGGACUCAACCAUCCAAUAAAACACUCGUUCCUGUUGUGAAACGCCACCAAUGUCCUGUUCCUGUAGAGGUGAGGGGCCCAGACUCUCAGCACUAGGACAGACGGAACGUCUGCGUUGGUAUCUGGUGUCCGGUGUUCCUUGGCUGAACUACUUGGCCUCCUCCACUAACACCUCCCCCAUGCCAUCCUAUUUAUGAAUGUGAAACAUCAGUCAGUUGCAAUUGGUUACCUUAUAUGACCCUUAAAGAACCCUUGAAGUGGUCAUUAUUAGGCGCAAAAUAUUUGACAAUGAACAUUUGGUGUCCACAUUAUGUGGAGCCAUAAGACAUUUGGGGGACAGGAUCUCAAUGCAUUGACCGUUCUUUUCACUUGAACUGUUGGAACUGUUGUUUUAACACUAAAUGUGACUGCUCAUUGAAAUAUGGUGCUCUGCAUAAAGAAACACUGGGAUAUCAAUCUUUGCUUAAAGAAUGAUCUGAGAUGCAGGUGAGCGUAGACUUGCCCUGUUAUUUAUGUAGGACUUGUUGUCAGUGUCCUCGUCUGUGUGUUCAGAACACACCUGGAGGUGUUGUGAUGAGAGGUGUGUACCACACAGGGUGUGUGAAGAUCCGGGAAAGCUGGCACCGUUAGGCUGACCCGCCGUUGUUUAGCGAGAGUCAACUGGCAUGAUGUAAACCAAAUGUCAAACAUGAUUGUACAUGUUUGGUGUGUCAACGUGACUAAUGCCGUUCAGAUUCUUUGGAUGACAUUCUGCGCCUGUGUUGACAAAGUUGAGUUAUUAGUCAAAACCCUCAACCAUGUCAAAAACGCAAGUCUUUUCAGGAUUAGUUUGAAUAUGUGUAUAUGAAUGAUGCAUUAAUAAACAUUUACUUUCUAAUGUUGUU